AUGGAACAUGAUAUGUCGCUUUGCAGUACCUGCUCAUCUAUCGAUCUCCUCAACAUCCCCACAUACCCAGAAAAGUACAUUCUCAACAAGGGAUCCAUAUUUCGACCCAUCUUAAGUUUGUUGCAAGUUUGGGGUCCUUGGAAAGAAGAUGAAGUAUCGCAAUUUGGCGUUCCGUUCCACCGAACUUUCGAAGACCUGUUGAGCGCAUCAGCAGAGUGCGCCGUCUGUAUCGCGGCGCUCAACGGCGCUUAUGUCUUCAAGAGCUGGCUCGCCCAAUUGAGCAACAAAGACGAACACAUCAGCAAGUACCUCAAGGACGGGUCAGUUUGGGAGAUGCGACUCGUCAAAUACUCCAAGGACACGGAAAACAUCCUGGUCAUAUCGUUUGACGCGGAAAAGAAUGAUAUCAAUCUGAUUGGUGCUUUCAGACUUUGUGUUGAUGAGAGCGACCCAUUGGGCUCCUCAAUUACCGGACGAUGCUUGAGGAACAAUCCGACACAUGGCACAAUGUUCAAGCAAAUUGCGAAAUGGGUGACAGAUUGCAAUCGAGACCAUGCGCAGCUCGAGUGCUGUGUCGGCGACGUGAACUUGCCCACGAGAGUUCUCGACGUUGGUAUUCACGACGAGCAAACGAACAUCAAACUAUGCGAAGUCCGAAACGCAUCUGGAAAAUACGCCGCCUUGAGUUACAUGUGGGGUCAAGGAAAGGAUCAUUUCCGGACCACCAUUGCCAGUCUAGAAGAUUACAAGGCCGGCAUCGAAAUCAAGGCCAUGCCGCAAACAUUUCAGGAUGCCGUCAUCACGACGCGAAGAUUGGGACUGCGCUAUCUCUGGAUUGACGCACUCUGCAUUAUUCAAGACGAUACCACGGACUGGGGCAGAGAGGCUGCAAAGAUGGGUGACGUUUACUCGAAUGCCUACAUCGUGCUUUCUGUCUUGAAAUCAAGUAAUGACGGGGCAGGCUUUUUGGGCCCCCCCGAGACACUGUCAUACGCAACCUGCCCUUACACUGCCCAGGGAGUGACCGGUACUCUCUUCGUUUGCGACAUACCUCGCACACAGUCAUGCUACAUCAGUAGCGAGGACUUUGUGUGGGAUGAGCCACUGUCGAAGAGAGGCUGGACUCUACAGGAGCGGUGGCUCGCGCCUCGUCUCGUCCAUUUCGGUCCGCAGCAGAUGAUGUUUGAGUGCAACGCGCACUUCUUGUGCCAAGACGGAACCAAAUUCGCAGGGCGCUACAGCAACGCCAAAAAAGACUGGGAUACCGUUCACGACGAAGAGCGUGUUCUACGAGCCUCUACUGAGUGGACGGAGUUG